AUGCAGGCUAUAAAGGAAAAGUUGAAUGACAUGAGCACCAUGCGCAAGGCCAAGGCUGAAGCAAAAGAGGAAGAAAAGGCGGAGAAAGAGUUGGCUAAAGCUCGGGUUGAGGUCGCGCACGAGGUAAGACUGGCAAGAGAAGCUGAAGCUGCAAUGGAUAUUCAUGUGAACAAAGCUGUGGAAAAGGUGGCUCAACAUGAAAGAAAACACGCACACGACAGCACAAACCGCCAACAACACGGUGUUGACAUGAGUAGCAACCCGAGUAAUGUUGGACAUUCCACUGUUCCAACACAUGAGGAGGGGACACAAGCGGCCUACGGCCGGGACAUGGCUGAUCUUAGCUCUACUGCUGCCGGAACAGGCGGCCCAACUAGCAUGCCCGGCGGUACUCCUGCAAAACACUUGCUAUAG